CGUCACAGAAAAUCGAAAUCGAACGCCUUCACAGAAGAUCCACUGGAGCUCUUCGCUCUCUCCUUUCUGCUGGCGAGAGAGCAAGGAACCCGACACGAACGACGCUGUGACCAGCAAGAGACUUGGGCCAACAAUGUGCUGAAGAAAGAUGAGAAUUCUACGAUUAAGUUGGUCGAUGACAGCAGCGGCCGCACCAGCAACGACGACAGUAGCAUCGACAAGUCCGAGAUCUCCAAACUCAGCAAUGAGCAACCAAAACAGCAACAGCAGCAGCAACAGAACAAUGAUCGCCCCAGGCUUCGCGCCUUGGCCAAUACUGGCAAGACUGCCAUUCAAGUUGUUCUACGACGGAAUCGAAACAACAACAGCAACGACAGUGGACAUCAACAAUCAACAAAACAACAUCACGAGGCAGCAGAUGAAUACGACGAAGAUGACCCGGCUGCUCCACCCAAACAACGAGAACCCAAGGUGUGUCCUCGCUUGGCAUUGAUAGCUCUGCACGAUGCUUGUUCCAACAAGUCAAAGGUUCAGGUUAUCAAGUAUCUGGUGGCCCAGCACCCGGAUCGAGCCGCUGCCACGAAGGAAGGAAAUUUGCCGCUUCACACUGCCUGUGCUCGCAAGGCUCCCGCCUCGGUGAUUGAAUAUCUUUUGCAAGAAUAUCCCGAAGGAACUGGAGUACGGAACAAACGCUUCAAACUUCCCAUUCAUGUCGCCCUGGAAUGCGGUGCCUCGCUCGAAGUCAUCAAAUUGCUGGUCAAGGCAGAUCCCGACUCUCUGCAAGUGGCUGAUUACGACAUUACCAGCGUACAAUUCCAAAAGGUGUGGAUUGCACACAAGGCCAAUCUAUCCAUGGGACACAAAACUGGAUUGCCACUUCAUUACGCAUGCAAACACCGGGCAACCUUGCAGACCAUUCACUUUCUCAUUACUGAGUAUCCUGACGCUGCGAGAACAAAAAACAAGGAUGGCUGGUUGCCCGUGCACUACUCCUGUUCUCGAGGAGCCCCCCUGCAGCAUAUCCAGUACUUGAUGACAGCUUGUCCCAGCUCCCUCUACGAGCGAACAUUGCACUACUAUGAAUACCCCAUGCAUCUAGCGGCUGGAAAAAUGAGCGCCAAUAUCAACGUUGUCAAGUAUAUUCAAAGCAGACACUCUAUUGCCUGUACCCAAACCAAACCAAAUGAAGGACUCUACUUGACUUAUUAUGAUGAAGCUUGCCUGCAAUCGGCUCCAUCAGCUGUUACUUGGUUCCUUGCUGAUGUAUGCGCCAAGGCAUCCAAGGGUUAUGCCUUUUUGGCUGAUGCCGAGGAUCCAUACAAUUAG